CUGCUGAAGAAGGUCUCCAGGUUGCUGUACAACAUUGUGGUUCUGUUCAUUCCCUGGGAGAUGAGGAUCAAGAAAAUAGAAAGUCACUUUGGGUCAGGGGUGGCCUCGUACUUCAUCUUCCUCCGAUGGCUGUUUGGUAUCAACAUAGUCCUUACCAUCAUGACUGGAGCAUUCAUAGUCAUACCUGAGCUCCUGGCCGGAGAGCCAUUUGGAACGACCCGAGUAAAAACCAUUCCCAAGGAGCACCUGGCCUCAGCUCAGGAUCUGGACACCAUCUGGUCUCUCGGGGGCUAUCUCCAGUACUCUGUGUUGUUCUAUGGGUACUACAGCCCGGUGAGGGAAGAUCGGCAGUGCGGCUAUCGCCUCCCCCUGGCCUACUUUCUGGUUGGGAUGGCUGUUUUUGCCUACAGUUUCAUCAUUCUGUUAAGAAAGAUGGCUAAGAACUCCCGUCUGAGCCUGGCCAGUGCCUCUGACGAGAACUUCACCUUCUGCUGGAGAGUGUUCUGUGCCUGGGACUACCUCAUAGGGAAUCCUGAAGCUGCAGAGAGCAAGGGAGCCGCUAUCGUCAACAACAUCAGGGAGGCCAUUGUUGAGGAACAGGAGAAAAAGAAGGAUACUAGUCUAGCAGUCCUGAUCAGUCUGCGUAUCCUAGCCAACAUCCUGGUCCUUCUCUCUCUGGCUGGCAGCAUUUAUAUCAUCUACUUUGUGGUGGACCGCUCCCAGAAACUAGAGCAGGAGAAGCCAGAGCUAACACUAUGGGAGAAGAAUGAGGUGAGUGUGGUGGUGUCCCUCAUCACCAUGAUCGCCCCGUCUGCCUUUGAGCUGGUGGCCCAGCUGGAGAUGUAUCAUCCCAGGACCUCCCUCCGCUUCCAACUGGCCAGAGUACUGGUGUUGUAUCUGGGUAACCUCUACAGCCUCAUCAUUGCCCUUCUGGACAAGGUCAACAGUAUGAGUCUGGCCUCAGCUGCUGCAGCUGCGGCGGUCUCUGUGGUGUCGGGGAACUGGUCUGACUCCACCGCGUUCAUGGCGACCAUCUCCCAGUCGGGGGAGGAGAGCCUCUCCACCCUCGUAUCGGACAUCUCCGUCUUGGAACAACGCAACAGCACCAUAGCGACCAUCGCCAUGGUGCUGGACGUCAACACAGGCAUCAGCACCAGCAAGGUCACCAUGGCAACCAUGUACAACCACACUGGGUUGUUUGAGCAGAACAAGCAGAAGAAACAGGACGAGUGCUGGGAGACCUACGUGGGACAGGAGAUGUUGAAGCUGUCUAUCAUCGAUAUGAUCUUCACGGUUGCCAGUAUCCUGUUGAUAGACUUCAUCAGAGGGCUGGUGGUCAGGUACCUGAGUGACUGCUGCUGCUGGGACCUGGAAAGCAAGUUUCCUGAGUAUGGGGAAUUCAAGAUAGCUGAGAAUGUACUCCACCUGAUAUAUAACCAAGGAAUGAUCUGGAUGGGUGCAUUCUUCUCUCCCUGUCUGCCUGCCUUUAACGUGUUGAAGCUGAUAGGCUUGAUGUACCUGAGGAGUUGGGCUGUGCUCACCUGCAACGUCCCUCACCAACAGGUGUUCAGAGCAUCCAGAUCAAAUAAUUUCUACCUGGCUAUGCUGUUGUUCAUGCUGUUUCUAUGUAUGCUGCCCACCAUCUUUGCCAUUGUGAGAUACAGACCUUCCCAACACUGCGGGCCAUUUAGCGGUCAGGAGAAGAUUUAUGACAUAAUCUCGGAGACGAUAGCCAAUGACUUCCCGCUGUGGUUCAGUAAAGUGAUGAGUUAUGUCACCAGCCCUGUCGUAGCGCUGCCCGCUCUGCUGCUGCUGUUCAUGUUGAUAUACUACCUUCAGGCCAUCGCCAGAUCCCUCAAAUUCACCAACAACCAGCUGAGGAUGCAGCUUCAGACUGAGAGAACAGAAGACAAGAAGAAGGUAUUCCAGCUGGCUUCAGCGAGGCUACAGGCCACGGAGGUCCCUGGCGGGGACAGGAAGCCUGACCAGCAGGACAGUGACAUCACCAGCCGCGAGUCGUCCAUUCGCACGCCGUCGCCCCGACGCAACGGCAGCGUCACAAACUUCCAGUCGCCUGAUCGACACGGACACCCUGCCUACCUGGGAGGCCCUGAGCGGUACCUGCAGGUCCAAGUCCUACCACCAUGUGGCCUACAACCCCCGACACGCUACUCCUCAGAGAACAUCCACUCCGACCCCCUCUUCAGGAAGACCAUCAGGCCCAUGCACCCCACAGAGGCAGCUGGGAUAGUGACCGCCCAGAGCCACGUGGGCCGUCGCCCCCACACCACGCGCUACGUCAUCGUCAACGAGCACGAGCUAGGAAAAGCUGCUCGAUCCGCCACGCGCGCUCGCCACUUCCGAGCGGAGGACCCGGUGGGUGAGAUCGUGGAGCUGAUCCCGCGGAAUAUCAAGCGGUAUACUCCAAGGGCUCCGCAUCUGCAUGGGCACCCGCAUAGGUCGAAUCCGCCGCAGUCGCACCUGAGUGAGGAAGAGGAUGAGGAAGAGGGAGGGGGGAAGAGGGAGUCUAGGAGGGGGUUGUUCGGGCAGACGCACCGGCCCCGCUCGCUCUCCGACCUCCACCAGCCGGCGCGCUUCUACAUCGGAGAGCGCCUGGAGAGCAAGUUGUCUAUGGCACCGAAAGACAGCCACACCGCUAGGGGGCGCUACGGCGGUGAAGCCCAAGAAGGGGACUGGGAGGAUAUGGAGACGCGCUUGCACUCCCUCUCCCAGACCAGCAUCAGAGGAGCCGAGCUUCCACCACCAGUCAGGCACACACAGUCCCCGGCCAGACACUCCCACGGCCCUGGAAGACGCCUGGAGCUCCAGGUCAAGCCCAAGACGUCCAGGUCGAAGAUGGAGCCUUCCCUGACUGAGUCGGACUCGGCCUCUCUGGCCUCCAGUAGCGACCAGCAAAACAGCAGCACAGACCAGUACAUCCAGGUCAUUCACAACAAGGAGAAGUACCUCAAGUCUGAGGCCAGGCAAGGCAAGCUGGCUAAGAAGAAGUCCAAAGCCAGUAUAGACACCAACGUGUCUGGGUCUAAAGAACUGGUCUUCUCCAAUGUGUAGUUUGUGUAUUGGUAUUGUGAAUCUAUCUAUGUUUAUUUAACCUUUAUUAAUCCAUGUAAGUUAUUGAAAGCAAAUUAUAUUUUACAAUAACGACCUGUAGAGUUAAUUACUUUGCAAUGGGUUACAUUAAGUCGUAUUGUAAACCACAGAAAAAGUGAAUAGCCCAUUCAUGGCUAAUGCUAUACUUUGUUUGUGUGUGUUAACAAAAAGCUCUAUGUGCAUAACAUGCAUAAUAUAUUAUAUGCUCACAUUGUCAUGGAUACUGUAUUUGCUCUCAAUAAAAUAAAUAUAAUGGUCAAUGGUCCAUAAUAGUGUA